GAGCACAUCGGGGAGAUCUUCCAGGACGAGGACAGCCAGGCCGCCAUCCUGCUGCACCGGGACCCCGACGGCUCGUACCUCCUGGAGGGCACCAUCGGCCACGACCUGGUGGUGAAGCCGGUGCCCGCGUCCGUGCGCCAGCACCUGGCCAGGCCCAAGCACCAGGACCCCGACGACGAGAUGUUCCUGGACGACGAGGACGCCUCGCAGGACGAGGUGGUGCGCGGCUUCCCGCUCGGCAAGGACUCGAACGGUGACGUGCGGUACGAGGACGCCGACGGCGACGCCGACGUGCGGCAGGGCCGGCGCCGGUUACGCCGCGCGGCCGAGCACCAUGCGCACAUCGUGUUCAAGCGCGCCGGCAGCGACGCGGACCACGUGCACGCCGACCUCAGCGACUACGCCUUCAUGGAGCCCGACUCCAUCCCUGCCCGCGGCUCCAGGGCGAGGCGUUCCAUCGUGAAGCGUGAGGCACCCUACGUCAUCUACCCCGAGAUCCUUGUCAUCGUGGACUACGACGGCUACAGAUUGCACGGGGGUGACAACGUCCAAAUCAAGAGAUACUUCGUGUCCUUCUGGAACGGCGUGGACUUGCGGUACAAACUGCUCAAGGGUCCCCGCAUACGCAUCAGCAUCGCUGGCAUCAUCAUCUCCCGGGGGAGGGACGCCACGCCCUACUUGGAGCGGAACCGCGUCGGGAGGGACGCCAUCGACUCCGCCGCCGCGCUCACGGACAUGGGGAAGUACCUGUUCCGGGAGAGGCGCCUGCCCGUCUACGACAUCGCGGUGGCUGUCACCAAGUAUGACAUGUGUCGCCGUCGCAAAGGGGGCCGCUGCACCAAGGGCACCGCUGGUUUUGCAUAUGUUGGAGGAGCAUGUGUGGUCAACAAACGACUGGAGAAAGUCAACAGUGUGGCGAUUAUUGAGGACACUGGUGGAUUCUCUGGUAUCAUUGUCGCCGCCCAUGAAGUUGGACAUCUGUUGGGUGCUGUACAUGAUGGGUCACCACCUCCUAGCUACCUUGGCGGUCCAGGGGCGGAAAAAUGCCGAUGGGAAGAUGGGUAUAUAAUGAGUGAUUUACGUCACACAGAGAAAGGAUUUAAGUGGUCUCCAUGUACUGUAGCAUCAUUUCAUCAUUUUCUCAAUGGUGAUACAGCAACAUGCCUUUACAACUCACCUCAUGAGGAUGAGUCAUUGCCAAGAGUGUUACCUGGCAAGCUCCUCACAUUAGAUGCCCAAUGUCGCAAAGACAGAGGAACUAGUGCAUGCUUUAAAGAUGAUAGGGUGUGUGCACAACUCUUCUGCUUUGAUUCUGGCUCUGGUUACUGUGUAGCCUAUAGACCUGCGGCAGAAGGUUCACCUUGUGGAGAUGGCCAGUACUGUAUGAAUGGCAAGUGUGUGGUGGAGCAUGAAAAUAUUAUUCCUGACUAUUCUCAAAACGCUCCAGCGUUCCUAAGAAGGAUUGAUGACGAUGGCUCAUCACAGCCAAGACCUUACUACACAUAUAACAUCACCACACAAAGGUCUGACUGGGCCGAGUUCUGGAACGACCGACUUAAUGACAUAACGACAACAUCUAGCCCAGAAACUACAAAAUCAUACAUCACUUACGCUUACUCAACAUCAUACGACACAACACAAAACCAAAAUCUACAAAACCAUGCGGCAGGAAACAGCUUGAGAGCCAAUGAUGAAAAUGCCUUCAAAACUUCUCUGCAACAUGAUGACAAACAGACUCAUCAUCAUUCCACUAUAAAUGAUAACUGGCCUGUGCAUUAUCAGAAUAAUGACCAGCAACCAGUUUACAAUGUGACAGAUGGACUUCAAAAUUAUCAAAAUGAUCAAAUACCACAGAAAGUCACCACAAGUCCAAACUAUUUUCAAACUUUCAGUACAACUAAGAGUCCUUAUGAUUUUAGUAAUUUUGGAAAAUCGACAUUACCUCAAUCCCCACCGCCUUCAGCACAACCUGAAUCUCCAGGAGAUUACUUCCAAACCUCUUCAGCACAGCCUAAUUUGUAUGAAGAGUACUACAGAACUUCUACAUUAAAAAGUAACUUGUAUGAUGAGUAUUACAAAACAUCAACCACCAAGCAAAAUUUAUAUGACUAUUAUAAAACAACUACUGCAUCUCAAAAUUUGUAUGAAGAUUACUAUAGAACUUCAACCACCGAGGGCCCAAAUAUUUAUGCUGAAUUCUACAGAACAUCUACAACGAGACCUAAUGAAUAUGAGGAGUACUACAGAACCUCUAGUAGACAAGCACCUAUUCAGACAACAACAAAAAAUCCAUAUGAUUUUAGUGACUUUGGAAAGCAAAGACAAACACACGAAAAGAGAGAAAAUAAUUAUUACUCAUCUGUAACUAACAAUCCACAUGAGUAUUAUAAAACACAAUCAACAACACAAAACCCAUAUGCAGCAUAUGAACUGUACUACAAGACCUCUACAACACCAAGACCAUACUACGAGUCAAGUGGUACGAGCAACUACGAGAAUCAUGCUCUAGCAGGGAGCCAAUCUCCAGACCCCCCAAACCCUGACCCUAUCCACUCACAACCUCCACCUCCAUCCGCACCACUUUAUCUAGACAGCAACACAAAGCCUGUGGCAGGCACUGAGGAAUGUGUGGAUGUAGCUCGCUCCAUUAGUGGCGGCCUCACAUGCAGAGAGUUUUUGGAGCGUUAUGGUUUCCAGUACUGCAAUUACCAUUCAAUGCGCAAGAGCUGCUGUGCCUCUCAACGAGAAGUAUGCCCAACUUCAAGGUGACUGCCAGGUAUAUUUCCUGUGCGUGGAAGAAACGUUCAUCUGUUCACCAGAUGUUGUAACAAUUAUUUUAAAACUGUGAUCAGAGUAGGGGCUCUAAACAUUUUCUGAACACACUGCCAAUUCAAUUUGUCAGAAGAGAGUCAAGAUCUGUAUUGCCAUCUAAGACCAACUUUGUUAAAUUCUGAAAGAAAAAAACACCCACAGGGGAACUUGUUAUUUAUUGUUUCCCCUCCUGCAAAGAAUUUUUAAUGACUUGCCAUAUAGGCAGGAGAAAAAUUCAAGUCCUUGCUGUUUUCAUAAGAGCACCUUCAAUGUAAAUAAUGUUUCCAACAAGGUCAAGACUCGGUGCAAAUUGUGAGACAAAACAGAUAAUGAGAAGACUGCAAUAACAGUCCUACCGGCAAGAAAGGAACACAAUUAGACUCUUAGUGAUCAAGAGUCCAAUAACGAGUAACAAAAUGUUACCAUUUAAAUGUAGCUGAAUGUGAAAACUGCUGUGCAGUUAUAGGAAUUGUUAUGUAAAUCAAUCAAAUCCAUUUACUAUUAGGAAGAAUCAGUCUAAUGAAUUGAUGGUUUUAGAUUUAUAUAUGAAGGAAUUACUUAAUUUUAGGUCCCAAAGUUAGUAAAGAAGUAAUGGAGAUUGAACAGUACAUGCCAGGGUGCAACAAUUUGCAAUUUUUUUUUAAUAUCAAAAGGGAAAAAAAUGUGAAAAUUAUUACACUAUUAUUUUGUUACAGCAUUGUUAUGUUCCUUCUUAAGUAAUCCAAGAGAUGUGAUGAAAAAGUAUUGCAAUUUUCUUUGCCUUGUAGCAGAGAUAUUAUUAUACAUUCUUGUUACCACAAACUUUGUACAUUUGUAUAUAUAUAAAUAUAAAUACAUAUUUGUAUGAGAUGACACAAGCAUCAUUAACAAAACCACAUUUCAUUUGAACUAACACAUCUAGGAACUGUUGUCAGAAUUUUUACAGCCUCAUGGGACAAAACAAUUAUUUUCUUGCUUUUACUUUGUAAAUAUGUCACUUUCCAGUUAUACUGCUAAAUUGUCGAAGUGUUAACUGAAUAGAAAACAUUGUAACACUCUUUUGUCAGUGUUGAAGUGAUCUAAUGGUCAACAUCAUUGAUCCUGAAACCAUUAUUUAUUACUAUUAUUCAACGAACUCAAAUCAAAUGAUGUACAGAUAGAAGAGAUGUUCAAGGGCAGAGAACAAGAACAUUGUGACAUCAUUCUUUAAAAAAAAUUGAAUCUUGUUCUUUCUAUCUGAAAGUGUAAGUUGGAUGGGAAAAAUCCUUCUUAGUGUUCCUGAAAGCUUCUGAUUAGCAGUAUGAGUGUGAAAUAAAGAGAAAAGUACAACUCGGCUUCUGAAUAAUUUUUAAGAACAAGUUACUCUGUACUGUUAAAGUAAGGUAUUUAUAUUAACCUUAAUUUUUUUCAGUAAUGGAAGACCUUUACUAUCCACAAGCCAUUUAGUAAUUGAAAAAUAAAAUGUAAUCUCUCUAUAUUUGGAAAACCUUAGGAAAUGCAAACAAUUGUGCAACAAUAGCCACAUAAGAUAAGUGCCAAGAAAAUAGAAAUUCAAAAUUUCCUACAGGCUUUGUAACUUAGGGGGCAUUGCAUUUUAAGCUCUGAAGAUUUCUGUAAAUAUAAAGCCAAUUCAUGGGUUUACUGUUCUUAAUUCUAUAAAUGAUGAACCCACUACUAUACAGAGAGAUUUCAAGUACUAAAUAAGGCUAGGACGGUAAUCUAGUGAAUCAUCAAGAUGCCUGUAACAUUCGUCUGUAAAAUGCUGGUGGGAAUAAAUGAAAUGUUGUGAUAUACUAAAGCCAUGUCACAAUCGCCUUCCAAGGAAA